AUGUUUUUUUCAACUAAAAUUUUUUUUGGCAUGCUGCUUCUUGCGUGCGUUGUGUUAUUCCUCUGUGCCGAUUUUUCACGAUUGCCGACGAAGGAGAGUGCGAUGCUGGACAUUAGCCGACUCCUUCACAAAACAGGAGAUUGCAACAUUUGUGGUGAUGUUUUGCGCAGCCUGGACACCUUUCAGUUGUCACGGAGCACGUCGCUUAUACGGGCUACGCAGGGGUACGAUAAACCACAUAGCGCCUUUAUUCGUGCAUGUGAGGAAAACCCAAACACCCUCGGCUGUGACACGGCACUUGAUAGGGACCGUGCGGAGAGAAUGAAACGAGCUUCGUUGAUCAUUAUGCAGGUAGAGCAGUUGCCUGUGUCGAAGGAGAGGGGUAUAUCCAAUCUUCUGCAUCGUCGCUACGAUGACUUUAUGACGUAUCUUAUGAAUGAAAAGGAGCAAGAAAUGUGUUUAACUUGUGUUGUUGAGAAUGGCCGCCUGCCGUCCCUGUCAACAAGUCAACUCGCCGAUACACUUCUAGACUCUGCGUGGUAUCACAUUUACCCAAUUAAUGAACGUCAUCAGGCGUUUUGCUGGAGGCACUGUGAGGGGUUACUUACGUACUCAGAACGACUGUACUUAUGGUUUUUGCGAUUUUAUAUCACACGAGCAGUGAGACUCCGCCUGAUGGCUUUGCAAGGCGAGUAUGCCAUUAUUGCCUUGAUACUAGGACAACUAGCUCUGCUUGUUGUGAUACUGCAGAGGUACGUUACUGAUGUAAGAGGUGGGGCUGGCGGUGGGUCGCACGUCUGCGGCAAUUUGCACACGGAUAACACUCCAGCAGGGGGACUGAGAAGUGGCACGCGUCGGUCAACGCUGGGACGUGGCAAGGGAGGCGGGGGCGCCGGGAGACGAGAUUAG